AGUGCCUUCCUCGCAAAGAAUGUCGGGAAACGCGCUGCCCGGAAGUGACUCCUCACAAGUGCAUGCUGGGAUAUGGAAUAGGCGGAAGUCGGGGAAUUGGAGAGAUUGCAAUUGCAGAAAGACUAGCGCGCCUGGCUGUCAGCAGAGCAUGGCAGGAGGAUACGGCGUGAUGGCAGAUGAUGGGACUAUCGACUAUUCUGUGCAUGAAGCCUGGAACGAGGCCACCAACGUCUACCUGAUUGUCAUUCUCGUCAGCAUUGGGCUGUUCAUGUAUGCAAGGAAAAAUAAAAGAAAGAUUAUGAGAAUUUUCACGGUGCCACCUACGGCAGAGAGCGCCACGGAGGCAAACUUCUAUGACGACAUGAAGAAAAUUCGCUUGCGCCAGCAACUGGAGAUGUAUUACAUUGCUAGAAAACAUGAACAGAAUGAUAGUAUCCAGCUCACCGUGGAAUGAGCGACGUGUGGACUCCAAGAUACAUUGGCCACUGAGAAAGAGACAGAUUUUAAACGUUGCUCCUUUGUGCUGGUUGGUUCUCAUGAACUACGGACAUUCCCUUCCAGAAAAGCCCAUAUUCCAUUAGCACAAUUCCUGCUCUGUUUGUGAUCUGUGUAAGAGAUGGACAUGGGGAGAGAAGAGGUUGGCAGAAGAGGAUUUUUCCUUUAGGGCAUCAGAGCCUUAUUGGUGCCCUCAGAAACCUUGGUUUUUUUCUGGUUAAUUGGUUUCUGUGUCUCCUGAUUUGCCUGCUGGGUGACGUUUUGAGUACAAAUCAUCCAUGACUGCCAUAGGGUUUGGCUAAAAUUCAUUUCAUUUUGAAUAAACUGGGGAACAGUAA